GUGGGAUAGCACGGUCCUCCAGUGGAGGAAUCAAAGCAGCAGCCGAGCUCUCCGGCUUGGCUUGGCUCGGCUGACUGGGGCUAGCUAGCGGCACUAGAAGAUGCCUAGGCCAGCGUCUCUGACCAACAACACGGCGCCGUUUGUCCGUUAGUCGUCGUCGGUGGCGGCGUACGUGUCCGCGAAAGCGAGCCAUGGGCUCGCAGACCCUCCAGAUCCUCAGGCAGGGGGUCUGGGCUUCUAUCACCGGCGGGUGGUACUACGACCCCGACCAGAAUACGUUCGUCAACGCGCUCCAUCUUUACAUCUGGCUCUUUCUGCUAUGCUUCCCCUUCACGCUGUACAUGGCGUUGCCGUCCACCAUGGUCAUCGUGGGCAUCUACUGCGGCGUGAUCGCCGCCAUGUUCCUGCUGCUCAAGACGGUCAACUACCGCUUGCACCACGCACUGGACGAGGGCGAAGUGGUCGAACUGCAGGCCAAGAAGACGCAGGGCAGCGCCGAGGGGUCAUGCAAUGUCAGCGCCGCACGACGGCGGGACAGCAAUGGCCCGGGAGACCCCGGAGGGGGGAUCGAGAUGGCCGACUUCAUCAGGCAAGAAACGCCGCCGGUGGACUGCAGCUCGCGCAACUCCUACAUCGGGAUAGAGCAGCAGACGGCGUCCACCCUCGGGAGAGCGACGGGAACCAAAGAUGUGGGAAAGACGUCAGACGACAUCAGCUUGACUCUGGUGGAGAGCUGCAGUCACGAUCACGAUCUGCUCUCAGACACAAAGAUGUACUGCCUGGUUCCCAACGACUCCUUCGCCUCCCUGCAGCCCUCCACCUCCUUGUGUCCGUCCGAGCUGUCCCGAGAACCCGCCGAGCUCUGCAACGCCAGCGCGUACCACUGCGGCCUGUCGCACGAGGACGCCGCCCAUCACUUGUCCUCGCAGUCGCAGACUUUUCGGAAGGAGCCCCGAUCGCGGGGAUUACCUCGGACCUCUAGCUCGGCGGGGUCCGCCUUCCCCGACCCGGGCAUGCCGGACUUUACGCUCUAUCCACCACCCCGGAGGGGCGGCCUGGAUCCCGUGCGCGAGCUGGAGGCCGCCAGGCCGCAACGGGAGGCGGGCGAGCGGCUCUACCAGCAGGACCAAGCGGUGGCCUCCACCUCGGGGCUGGAAUGUUACAGGAACAAGAACCCGCACAGGGUAUCCCGCUCCGUCUCUAGAGAAGCCGGAGAGGGCAGCUCAGGUUUGUACCAGGGGGAUUCGGGCGGCGCCAGGAAGGGCCCCGACGUCGGGAGAAAAUCCCGGCGGGGCGAGCGCAGCGCUGAGAGCCUGCGCAGCCUGAGCGCGCGCAGCAGCGGCUCCACCGAGAGCUACUGCAGCGGCACCGACCGCGACACAAACAGCACCGCCAGCAGUUUUCACAGCGAGCAGACCAGCUCCACGCACGUGGAGAGCCUGCUGUCGCUCUCGGGGGACGAACGCAUGCGGGAGCGGGUGGACGCCGACAGCAGGGCGUGUUCCCGGGGUGUUCGCGGCCUACCCUCCAGGGAGGCCAACAAGAACCCGCACGCCAACGAACUGACGGCUAACCGGCCAGGCACCGUUGCGUCCUCCGCGCCUCCCGAGCUCACGGAGGGCAGCGGGAGUCCGGAAGAUCCGAGCAUCAGGACCGGUGCCGACGGCUCGGUCGAAGCGGUCGCCGUGGACCGCGUCGAGCCAAACAACGUUGUUCAGAGGACUUGCUCUCUGUCUACUGGCCGCACCGGACGGCGGCGGACGGGCAAGAAACGGGCGAGCAGUUUUGACGCCAGCCGCCACCGGGACUACAUGUCGCCGCGCGGGCUGGCCAAGCCUUGCAGCACCGUGUUCGCCGGAGGCGGCGGAGAGGAGGACUCCAGCGACCACAGCGAGCAGAGCUGCGCCUCCAGUCUCCCCUCAGCCCGCCACUUGAGCACGGACAGCUCCUCCAGCGCCACCUCUCGCUCCUGCCACUCACCCGAGGGCCGCUACCGGGCCCUCAAAGCCAAGCAGACCGCAGCCGGCGCGGCGGCGGAAGCACGGGCGGGAGGGCGGCGGCGCGCCUCCCGGCGUACCCCCAGCACGGGCAACGCCAGGACGCACGCCCGCGUGUUGAGCUUGGACAGUGGCACCGCCGCCUGCCUUAAUGACCCCACGCGCCUCGGAGCUCCCGCCGGGCCGCGACCCCUCACCACCUCCAAAUCUGACCUGGAAGCCAAAGAAGGGGAGGUUCUGGAUGCCGCCUCCCUGCUAGGUCGCGCCUCCCAGCUGGAGUCGGUGACACGCUCCAGGAACAGUCUGCCCAGCCAGGCUGUGUUCUUGGAGUCUCAGGACGCCGCCGCCGCUUGCCUUCGGGCCCCAGGCAGCGAGGAGACGGUGGUCUUCCGCCGUGAGCGGAGCACGUUUCGCCGGCAGGCGGUGCGACGGCGGCAUAACGCGGGCAGUAACCCCACGCCGCCGUCCUCUCUCAUUGGCUCUCCCCUCAGUCUCCAGGAGGCGCUCAGUCAAGCGUCCCAGCCUCCCACCAAGUCCUCCACUCAGCCGUCUCGCACCGCCUCCCAGGUGACGGUGCUGAGCGCCAGCGCCUCCCUGCUGGCCAGGAAUGGAAGCGCACACCUGGAUGGUUCUCAGGACAAGGCCUCGACUGUCGGCGCCAGCAGCUUGCAGGACGACCUCGGAAAACUCACACCCUCCUUGUACGAGGCCAUGGGGUGCGACAUGUCCCUGGUCAACUUUGAACCCGCCACCAGACGAGCCUCCAAUAACAUUUGGGACACAGACUCCCACCUCUCCAGUUCUACCUCAGUUCGCUUCUUUCCUCAUGACCUGAUCCGCCUGAACCGCCUGCUCACCAUGGACCCGGAGCUGCUGGAGCAGCAGGACGGAGACCUGAGCCCGGAUCUCCACAUUGUGACGCUGGGACCCGAUGAGCCGGUGCGCGCCCCCGUCCCCAAGGCCAAGCAGUACUACCGAUUGUGGCUCAUGCCUUACCUGUGGGUGGGGCUUCACUUCGACCGCCUCACUCUGCUGGCGCUGUUCGACCGGAAUCGAGAAGUUCUGGAGAACGUGCUGGCCGUGGUGCUGGCCGUCCUGGUGGCCUUCCUGGGCUCGGUGCUUUUGGUGCACGGGUUCUUCACCGACAUCUGGGUCUUUCAAUUCUGCCUGGUCAUCGCCAGCUGCCAAUAUUCUUUGCUCAAGAGCGUUCAACCAGACUCCUCUUCCCCGCGUCAUGGCCACAACCGCAUCAUCGCCUACAGCCGCCCCGUCUACUUCUGCCUGUGCUGCGGUCUCAUCUGGCUGCUUCACUACACCAGCUUGAGGACGAGCUCCUCCCGCUUCACGCUUUACGGCGUCGCUCUCACCAGCUCGCUCAUCCUCGCCUCUGCCAGGGACCUCGUCAUAGUGUUCACGCUGUGUUUCCCCAUCAUUUUCUUCGUGGGCCUGCUGCCGCAAGUCAACACGUUUGUCAUGUAUUUUUUCGAGCAGCUGGACAUCCACAUUUUUGGCGGCAACGCCUGCAGCAGCCUACUGUCGUCCCUCUACAGCGUCUUCCGCAGCGUGCUCACCGUCGCGCUGUUGUACGGCUUCUGCUACGGCGCCCUCAAGGAAAACUGGGAGCCUCAUCACAUCCCUGUGCUCUUCUCCGUCUUCUGCGGCCUGCUGGUGGCCGUGUCGUACCACCUGAGCCGGCAAAGCAGCGACCCGUCUGUACUCAUCUCGCUGAUACAGUCCAAAAUGUUGCCCAACCUGAGAGACAGCAACCCGGAGGACCCCUUGUCAGAAGUGCAGGACCCCCUGCCUGAUAAGCUGAGGGCCUCUGUGAACGAGCGUCUGCAGUCGGACUUUAUCGUGUGCGUAGUCAUCGCCGUGCUCUACUUCGCCAUCCACGUCAGCACGGUCUUCAUCGCCCUGCAGCCUUUCCUGAGCUACGUGCUCUACACGUUGCUGGGCACGGUGGGGCUGCUCACCCACUACUUGCUACCACAAGUGCGCAAACAGCUGCCCUGGUACUGCUUCUCGCACCCGCUGCUCAAGACCAAAGAGUAUUACCAGUUUGAAGUCAGAGACGCGGCUCACGUCAUGUGGUUCGAGAAGCUCCAUGUGUGGCUGCUCUUCGUGGAGAGGAACGUCCUCUACCCUCUCGUCAUCCUCAACGAGAUGAGCGGCAGCGCAAGGGAGCUCGCCAGCCCCAAGCGACUGGACACCGAGGUGGGCGCGCUGAUGAUCACCGUGGCAGGGCUGAAGCUGCUGCGCUCGUGCUACAGCAGCCCCACCUACCAGUACAUCACCGUCCUCUUCACCGUGCUCUUCUUCACCUUCGACUACCGCCACAUGUCGGAGACUCUGCUGCUGGAUCUCUUCUUCAUGUCCAUCGUCUUCAGCAAGCUGUGGGAGCUGUUCUACAAGCUGCACUUUGUCUACACUUACAUCGCACCCUGGCAGAUCACCUGGGGCUCAGCCUUCCACGCCUUCGCUCAGCCCUUUGCCGUGCCCCACUCGGCUAUGCUUUUCGUCCAAGCUCUGGUCUCGGCCGUCUUCUCCACCCCGCUCAACCCUUUCCUAGGCAGCGCCAUCUUCAUCACGUCUUAUGUCCGGCCCGUCAAGUUUUGGGAGCGUGACUACAACACCAAAAGGGUGGAUCACUCUAACACUCGGCUGGCCUCUCAGCUGGACAGAAAUCCAGGCUCGGACGACAAUAACCUCAACUCCAUCUUUUACGAGCACCUGACUCGCUCGCUGCAGCACAGCCUUUGCGGCGACCUGCUGCUGGGCCGUUGGGGCAACUUCAGCACGGGCGACUGCUUCAUCCUGGCUUCGGACUACCUCAACGCCCUGGUUCACCUGGUGGAGAUCGGCAACGGCCUGGUCACCUUCCAGCUCCGAGGGCUGGAGUUCCGAGGUACUUACUGCCAGCAGAGGGAGGUGGAGGCCAUCACCGAGGGCGUAGAGGAGGACGAGGGCUGCUGCUGCUGCGAGCCGGGCCACCUCCCGCACAUCCUGUCCUUCAACGCCGCCUUCGGCCAGCGUUGGCUGGCCUGGGAGGUGCUGGUCACCAAAUACGUCCUGGAGGGCUACAGCAUCACCGACAACAGCGCCGCCUCCAUGCUGCAGGUUUUUGACCUGCGACGCAUCCUCACCACCUAUUAUGUUAAGGGGAUCAUCUACUACGUGGUUGCCUCGCCCAAGCUGGAAGAGUGGCUGUCCAACGAGACCAUGAAGGAGGGUCUGCGGGCGUGCGGCGAGAGGAACUACGUGGACCUGGAUCCUACCUUCAACCCUAACAUCGACGAAGACUACGACCACCGGCUGGCCGGCGUCUCCAGGGACAGUUUCUGCAGCGUUUACCUGGGCUGGAUCCAGUACUGCAACUCUCGCAGGGACAAGCCUCUGAACAACGAGAGAGACUCACCUCUGGUGCUGCUUUGCUUCGGCCUGUGCGUACUGGGAAGGAGAGCGCUCGGAACGGCGGCUCAUCACAUGUCCAGCAACCUGGAGUCUUUCCUGUACGGGCUUCACGCUUUGUUUAAAGGAGACUUCCGCAUCUCGUCGGUGCGAGACGAGUGGAUCUUCGCCGACAUGGAGCUUCUCAGGAAGGUGGUGGUCCCCGGCAUCCGGAUGUCCCUCAAACUCCACCAGGAUCACUUCACCUCGCCCGACGAGUACGAGGAGCCGGCGGUGCUUUUCGAGGCCAUCUCAGCACACCAGCAGAACCUGGUCAUCGCCCACGAAGGCGACCCGGCGUGGCGCAGCGCCGUGCUGUCCAACGCCCAGUCGCUCCUCGCUCUGCGCCAUGUGCUGGACGAGGGCACCAACGAGUACAAGAUCAUCAUGCUCAACCGCCGGUACCUCAGCUUCAGAGUCAUCAAGGUCAACAAAGAGUGUGUGCGGGGCUUGUGGGCAGGCCAGCAGCAGGAGCUUGUGUUUCUACGCAACCGCAACCCGGAGCGCGGCAGCAUCCAGAACGCCAAGCAGGCGCUACGCAACAUGAUCAACUCGUCAUGCGACCAGCCCAUCGGCUACCCUAUCUACGUGUCGCCGCUCACCACCUCCUACUGCAACUCGCACCCGCAAUUGGGCCACGUCUUGGGCGGGCCCAUCAGCAUCGCCAACAUCCGCAACUUUGUGGUCAGCACUUGGCACAGGUUUGUGUCGCUCUCUUGUAUGAAAGUAUGGCGCAGUGUGUUGAGGCCGGGUUUCUAUUUUGCUGCCUUUUGUCCAUCUCCUUUUUAUUCUUACAGGUUACGAAAAGGCUGCGGCGCAGGUUGUAACAGCGGAGGGAAUAUCGAGGAUCCCGACGGCGGCGGGCUGUCCUGCGGCAGCGGCAACGGGAUAGCGGGUGACUCGCAGCAGAGCUCCAUGUCUCACGGUGGCCAUUCCGGACCCGGCGGCCGUCACUCGUACCAGCCGCACGCUCUGGGCUCCAGUCAGAGUUCCCAGUCUGUCCCGUCCAGCCUGGUGCGCCACUCCCCGGCCCGGGCCUCCGUGGCAAGCCAGUCGUCGUCGUACCGCUACGGCGGCAGCAGCCGCCACUCGUCGUUGCGCACGUCCGCCACGGGCCUGGAGGCGUGCCGGCGCUCCUCCACCAGCCAGCUGUCCCUGCGCACGCUGCCCACCUCCCUGCAGCUGCGUCUGGGUUCCAACUCGGACUCGGCCGGCCCGUCGGCGUCGCUCUCCAGCCACAGCAUCCCGCCGUGCAAGCGCCACACGCUGGUGGGCCUUCUAGGGAACGACGGCCUGUGCGGCGUGGUGAUGGAUCCCCUGGGUCAGCAUCACCACCACCACCAGCAGCAGCAGCAUCUUCAUCAUCAUCACCUGCACCACCACCAUCACCACCUGCAGCAGCACAACCCAGUGGUCUCCACGGUGCGCAGGGACGACAUCUCCUACAGAGUGCAGAUUGUGGACCCGGGUCAGGUACUGGAGAGCAUCAACGUGUCCAAGAGAAAGGAGCUACAGUGGCCCGACGAGGCUGUGCGAUUGCGGGCGGGGAGGACCUGCUGGAGGGACUGGAGCCCCCUAGAGGGCAUGGAAGGACAUGUGAUUCACCGGUGGGUGCCUUGCAGCCGUGAGCCGGCCAACCGCUCCCAUAUAGACAAGACCAUCCUGCUGGUACAGGUGGACGAAAAACUGGUGCCCAUCUUCGAAACGGGCGUCAUCGAACUGGGCGCCGAGGUUUGACAGGGCGUCCGAAAUCGCAAGCACCACACAGGAAGCGGGAGCGCUCGGAAUUGAAACGCAAGGCUCGCUGCUUACAGUUCAAUGGAAGUCGGAAGGUUGAGCGUGAGUUAAAUUGCACGCGUGACAUCACACAACGAGGUCGAUUAUCAUCGGCCGCUAACUACCUGCCGUCAUCAAUUAUCAAAGCUUGAGCACGUUGUCGACUUCGGAUGCGGGAUUGCAAUACGUGGCCGACUCUGCGCUUUGACAUCGAGAUUGAAUGCCAACGUUCUUCAUCACUGACGGCUACAGUAAGUAGCUACAGUUGUCACUUAUUGAAGAUCUUUGCAUUUGUGACAUUGCGCAAUGGGGUUGAGUCGCCGCUAUUUGCUGCUAGCAUCACUUUUGAAAACAGGAACUGGGAGUUAUACCUCCACCCAACCCGCUCCGUCAGCAGAGUGGGAAUCGAACCACAGGGAAAAAGAUUUUUAAGCCGAGGCAGACUUUUUAUGAGUCUUUUUUUUCUUUUUUAAGCACCUCCCGCCCUUUUGUCACAAUCUGCCUUGCUUUUAUCGUCUGGGGAAAAAUGCUGCAUGACAGUCAAGCUCAUUGGUUUCUAUGCAUUUUUGUGUUGAUACCUUUUGUGGUUGUUAAUAAUUUGCCAAAUAUGCCUGGUUUUUGUCAUUUCUGCUACCACGCCUGCCCCGCACCGCCCCGUUGCCAUAACAACAGACGACGUCGCUUUGUAGUCAUUCCACUCGGAUUAGAUUCAAAGUAUUGACUUGCACUAUAUUUUUUAUUUACAGUGAUGCACUACAAUUCCAUAUAUAUAUAUGUAUAUAUAUAUAUAUAUCACUAUUUAUUAUGACAGACUCUGAAUGGCCGUGGUUAUACCGAUGCCUUGGAACGACGAUUAAAAUGCAAUCACCCUUCUUAUUUCUUUUCCCGACUUGAAUAUAACUUUUUAUUGUAUAUCCGUAUAUAUAUUUACACAAAUAUAUGUAUAUGUGUGCGUAUGUAUAAUGUUGAGUGUAAAAAAAUAUUUAUUACUGUGAAAAUACUAUUUACACUUUCCGCUUUUUGAGAUAAAAAAAAUGUUAAUGUAUUAAAGGACCAUGGGGUUGAAAACAACAUGCAGGUUUUUUCUGAUGGUUUGUUUAAAUAUUUAACUUAAUUGCUUUUCUAUACUGCGAAAUAAAAAAAAAAAGAUUUAUUGCAAA